AUGCCUAUCGCUGAGCCUUCCGAAAUACCGGAAGAGGUGCCUUUCUCUUCCGGUCCCUUCUCGCCUCCGAAGGAUGAUGAAGAAUGGCGCCGUGCCCUAGUCGAUGUGAAAUGGUUAUGUCUCAACCAGCAGUACAAGCAAUGCUACUCCCGCUGCCAUCAACUCAUAGAGACUGCAUCUGACCCGCUUGACCCGAUCCGUGCAACUUAUCUCCAUUACUAUGCAGCGGCAUCCUAUGAGUACCUGGGACGAGCUGCACACAUCUUCUCGAGUGCCAAACUCCCGUUUCUGAAGUCUGCUCUGGUAGAGUUUGAAGCUGCUAGUGCUGCCCUGCCGGCUGAGCUUCCGCAGCCUGUUUUGAAUGCUCCGCAAAGCUAUUCUCCCCUCAGUACUGACCCUUAUUCGCGGUCCCAAUCAAUUCCGCUCGAUUUAUCGCCCAUAGGGAGUACUUGGGGUGCUUCUUUGCCGGCUCUUCGUGGAGAGGACGAGACGGUGCCUGACGUUGAGGAUGUGUCCCCUUCGUUCCAUAUUUGGACCCCUAUUACAUACUCACCUCCCUCGAACAGCUCGCCUAAUCCGUCUUCUGCAGCUUUGCCUUACCAGCGUACUGGCCCAUUCGAGACCCCUCCUCGUCCAAAAGAAGUAUGUCCCAACUUUACUCCUCUUUCUGGUUCAACGGUUCCAACUGCGUUCUGCGUUACUCCUCCUCUUUCAUCCGGAAGAACUCCCCGGCCUACAUUUGAUGCGCGUGCUGCAGUCUUCGAUAUUCCACGUCCCACACGUGCUCCUCCGCCUCCACCUGAUGCCUCAUCGCCUAGCCCGUCUAUAGGGGACAAGUUAGUGUCUUUUGACAGCGAUGGUAGGCGUCCAACUGGCGGGAACAUCGUCAAGCACAUUGCGCGAAUGAUCAAUAGCUCCUUGCUAAAUGAUCUUGGCGACCCCUUCGUGUCGCGCGAGAAGCCAGUCGUCCUGCGCACUCCCAUGCGCCCUCCGGUGCGAUUGUCCCCGAUCAAAUUCCCGACUGGGUUCGAAGAUCCAGUAAAGCAAAUCAAGCUCCUACCAUCUCCCCUUCAGAUCCGGAAAGACUCCGGUGAUAUGCUCAAGUGUGGUGGACCGGGUGUGGUUAUCCGCAAAGGCUCGAUAGAAGAAGGAGAUCCUGAGGGUGAUAUCAAACGUCUUGUUCGCUCUCGCCCUCCCCGACUUCCAUUGAAGAUUAUCCCAUCCAACGACCAGACUACUAACACAGGAAAGGCCAAGUCUCCCACUCUGGUUCCCCAAACAAAGCAUCUCGGUCUUCUAGCAUCUUCUUCUCCGAGUGCACUGCUUUUCACGCCUUGUCCUGUUAUGCAGGAGCCCACUCCCACCCUUGGCUCGCCGUUCAAGUCCCCUCCACACUCAUCGGAGUCGAACUCGCUGUCGAUCUACUCAUCGCUGCCCUCUCCAGACGAAGUGGUUUUAGCUGCUCGUGCAGCAAAAGUGGCCAAGUUUAACCAGACUGUGAAGUGGCUCCGAGAGCACAUUCCAGAAGAUUUGACCGAACUCCGCAAGCAGAUUGAGCAUGUCACGAAUAUUCAGAAAGCCAGAAACAAUCACAAUACGACAAUGUCACGCACUGUUUCUUUUUGGACUUUUAGUCCGGUCAAGCCAAAGCCUGGUAUUAAGACGGAUAAUGCCCCUCUGCUGGAUGGACCGAAUAUCGAUGAAUAUGGAAAUUUGUUACGGACCGAGACAAAGGCGCAGCGCAUCACGCGACUUCGCAAUGAAGGAUGGAGAACCGGUCUCCGGUCCAAGAACAGUCUCUGGAAGGGUCCAGAGUAUUAUGAGAAGCUUUGUGAGACUGUUUUGACUGAACUGGGGGAGAGCCGUGGCCUAACUGUGGAGGGUCAUGCGCAUUUGAGAGAAUGGCAAGGAGCUACCUCGGGGCAUUAA